AUGAGCCCUGCCGAGUGCCUCCACCUGCUGACGGACCAGCCACGGAGGUCCUCUACCAGACGUGCUCACUUGGACCACAUCGGUCUUUCGCAUGUUGUUUCCGCCGUUGCUUCCUACCGCAAAGCAAUCCAAGACACCUUGCCGCCAAAGAAGGCUUGGGAGGAUGGCUUGGUGGUCUGGGGCCUGGGAAGUUCCGGAAGCCUCCGGCUGGCCUCUGAGGCCGUGAACAAGCCCUUCGACAUGCGCAUCGACGUUCCCAAGGGGGAAGAGCGGCACUGGGCCCAGGAAGUCACAGUUCUCACCUCGGAGUGCUCGUUCCAAAGCCCAGUCUGCGUCGGACGCGUGGCGCAGGUGGCCGACUGGUUCCUCAGGAAGUUCCCGGGCGAGAAGGUGCGGCCAAGCGCAAGCGGACCCGAGUCCCUUGCAUCUGUCAUGCGCAUCGUGUCCGACCGCACUGAUUUCCGCAUCUACACCUACAGAAAAGGUUUGCCCAAAGUGCAAGGUGACAACCUUGCUGAGAGUCGCAUCGGCGGCGUGAAGAACAAGCUUCGCCGCGUGCCAUGGAAGGGCUCCUUGCGGCCCUGCAAGGGCCGAUGUGGACUGCAUCCGGACGUGGUUGCGACCAGCCGACUGAAGCCGGAAACAAUCGCGUUGGAGGAACAUGUGCGUGUUGGUGAACCUCUGGAAGACAUUGGGAUGUGGAAGGACGGAGAGAUCCGCUUGACAUACCGCAUCACGGACGGCGAAGGCUUUGCCCGCCGGGUGCCGACUUCGGAGGAACCAGGGGAGGAGGCCGAGACCCAUGCCCGAGUCGUCCGCUGUGGCUACUGGCCCAAAGCAGGCCAAGCGUCGAAGGAGCCCCUGGCGGUGAGCCUGCUGGAGGUGAAGCUCCUCACUGGCAGGCGGCACCAGAUCCGCGUGCACCUCUCCGCGGCCGGCUUCCCCAUCCUCGGAGACGACAGCUACGGAGGGAACCCCUGGGGCGAACGGGCCGGUAGCUACCGCCGGUAUGUUUCUCCAUUCGCAUCGCUUGGUGCCUUGGUCCGCGAUAAGGAUGUGAAGGAGAUCGACACGCUCAAGAACCUCCGAGAGGUCUUCUUCGGCGGAGACAGGCUCACCCAGGAUGAAAUCAACAAUGUGGACGGGGUUCAGGCCGACGGUGAGAACGAGGACGAGAACCCAGAGGGCGCCAAGCAGGACCAGGCGAGUGACGGCAGAGCCGAGAACGACGAGGAGCAGGAGAAAAGCAACCCCCGGAAGAAGAGAAGGAAGACCGGGAAGAAGGGUGCCACCUACACUGGGACCAAGAAGUCGACCUCGUCGACGCCCGAAAGGGCGGUGGACAUGGAGGACGACUUGUUGUACAAGUUGUUCACUCACAAUGACUACCUAGAUAUGGGGUUCUUGAACCAGGGCCUGUUGGCUGACUCGGCCGGCGAGACUGCGAAGACCUACCGGAGGCGGAUUUACGCGCUGUUGGGGGACACAAGGCUGGAUAGAGCUGACAUAUACUUGAUGAUGGCAGCUUCGUUGGUCACCACCAGCGAGUCCCGCUUCUACCAAGCCCUCGCGUCGAUAACCUCGGAGACAAACUGCGCAAGAGUGUCGGCGUGGAUAAGGACCAACUUGGCGACCCUCGGCAAGACCACGACGACGCACUUGGCCAGCUCGUUCCCUGAGGUGGCGGUGUUAGCCGGGCUCCAACACGACAUCGUCACCUGCGUAGACAGGGUCCGCCAAGAGCGGAGGAAGGCGGAGGAGACGGGGGUCGGCAAGAAACCCAAGCUCGAGUACAUCAAUGUGAGGGAGGUGGUCUUGCGCUCGGGCGGAUUCAGAGUCUCGCACCAAUUGUUACUUCCACCUGGGUUGAAAGUGGCGGCCAUGGCCACGAAUUUGGUCCACGGCGCAGGGGUCGUGAGCUUGAAGUCUCGCGAGGCGCGUCGAGACACCAAGACAGGGAAUGCCCCGGUCAAGGCCGAUCUCAACAUACUCUUCACCGGAGCCCAAGACGAAUUCUGGAUCAACUUGACCAGCGAUCGGAGAUUCAGGCAGGACAGGAAGACGAGCUGA